GGGAUGACCCGGUGUGGCAUUUCGUGGCCAGAGGGCGUUAUUUGGAUGGGUCGACAGCGGCGGGCAGGAAGAGCGGUCGUCGAUGUCUGUGCAGGUUGUGCGGGCGUUCAAUUUGUGGGGCGCUAAAGCCGCCAACGAGCACUUCUCGAAGAGCGAGAAGUUCCGAUGUGAGGCAGCCACUCCUGCUGUGUGGAAUGCGAUCUGGUCGAAGGACAUGACAAAAUGUCCAAAGGAGUUCGCGUCGGCCAUAGAAACGUUGCAGAGCCAUUUGCCAGGUCAUCCGAGCUUGCAGUGGCCACCUCUUCGAUUCCCCGAGGACGCAGUGCCGCCGCUGGUUCCUCCCACCGCCCCUUCUGGAGCCGUCGCAUCGCCCAAUUCUGGGGCUCCGGCCAUUCGUGUCACGGUACCGCGUCCUGCAACAAGAGUUGCAACACGACCGGCAGCCCCGCCGUCUGCGCCGCUGCCUGGGACACGAGGUGCUCGCGAUGUGGGAGUUGGUCGUUCCACGCCAGCCAACGAGCCCCCGCCUCUGAGGGAUGGUGUGGGCUCUGCGGCAUUUGACGAGGAGAGCACACUUGCAUUUAUUGAGAGUCGCAGGUGGGGGGGGAGUGCCGGCAGUUCAGCGCCCGCGCUCGCCCCUGUUUUUAGGAGUGCUAGGCAGUCAGAUGCCGCACGGGGUGGUACUGCGGUGGCACCUGGCGCAUCACCCCGCAGUUCGUCGGAGUACCCCUGGCUGCCACCGCCCCCGUCGAGAGCGGCGCAGCGUCCAAUGGUCCACCACGCUCACGGAACCGCCCACUCGGAUCCAUCACACGCACCUGCAGAUGCUCGACAUUCUGCUUUCGUGCCUCGUUUCGGGGAACAGGUGGAUCAUGGGGUGCCUGCCGAGGAGGUCCCCGCUCCGGUGUCCGAUUCAUCGCCGACCCCUGUUCCGACAACCACGGGCGGUGGUCGGUCUGCCCAACAGCCUCCACCCGUAUUGACCGGAACGUUAGACCCUUUACAGCGCAUUUGUGACCUUGCAGUCGCCCAGAGCGCCACACUUGUGAGCCCUGGCGGGUUGUUGGAUGCUGGGGUCCUCGGCGGGAGAGCUACGACGGGACGAUGUCGGGGCACUUACAGGCAGCAAGCCGUCACGUCAUAUUAUUCGGACCCUUUGGAGCGCGCAUGGCAUUCGCAAAUCAUGCGGUUCAUCGUCAAGAGCGGGAUGCCAUUCAACAACACGAAGCUUGAAAGCUUCAAACGCAUGUUCACGAUGAUAAUCCCGUCGGGGGUUCAAGGGGCGCCCGCGCCUAGACUUCCCUCGUACCACAUGCUGCGCACAACCCUUUUGGACGAGUUGGAUGGUGAGGUCCACAAGUGUGUUCGGCCGGUGCUUGACACGUCGAGAGAGACCGGUUGCACAAUCAUGACCGAUGGCUGGACCAACAUCCGUGGUCAAACGUUGUGCAACUACCUUGUUGGUACAGAGAUCGGGGUGGUGUAUGUGUCCACCGACGUCAUGCGUGGCAAAAAGGAGGCUAGUGCCCUCGCGAACGUAUGGUUGAAAAGGGUGAAGUCCAUGGACGUUCAAUUGAGCGACAUCACGGCGUUCGUGACGGACUCCGCCGGGGUGAACGUCGCGGCGAUGGAGGUAUUCCAAAAAGAUGAGAGCGUGAAACACAUCUUCUGGAUUCCUUGUGUCGCCCACAUCAUGGAUCUCAUUCUCGAGGACAUCGGCGGGAUUGAUUGGGUGGCUUCCCGAAUUUCUCAAGCGAGGCUGGUUACAAGGUUCUUCAAGCGCCAUGGACAUGCGAGAGAGGUUCUUGAGGCGCACUCGACGAAGACUCUUCUGCUACCGGCGGAGACGCGUUUCGGCACGAACGUAAUCAUGAUGGAGAGGCUGGUGGCACUGCGGGCCGCGUUGACAGAUGUUGUGGCCGACGAUCGCUGGCGCGAGACUGUUUGGUCGACCAGCAAGAUCCGCAAGGAUGCAGCGGAGGUCACUGCAUGUAUCGGCUCCCCUCCAUGGUGGGAGGAUUUGAGAGCUCUGUGCAMGAUGCUAGAGCCCAUCAUGGGCAUGCUGAAGUUGGUGGACAGCGACACACGCCAGAUCAGCAAGAUUCUGCAACGACGCUAUUGUGGAGGUGUUCCACAGGCGGCGCACCAUGUUCAAGACCCCGCCCACACGGCAGCCAUGCUGCUAGAUCCAGAGUUCCGGAAUGCGACGCUUUGUGACGAUGCGGAGGUGCAGCAGACCUUGGUCAAGGCCCUUGUCCAGUUCGGUUACCCGGAGGAUUCGCCGCAGCACCGGGAGGUCCAACGAGCGGUCGCCAAGCUCCACAUGAGGGAGCCCCCUUUCGAUGAGCUCACCAUGCGGCGAGCUGCUGAUAUCUUUGAUCACCCUGCCAGUUUUUGGUCCUCAAAGAAGGCGAAGUUCCCUCACACGGUCGUGUUUGCAGGCAGGAUCCUUCGUAUAUGGGCGACCGCCUCACCGUGCGAGAGAGCGUGGUCUCGUUGGAGCUUCAUUCAUUCGAAGUCUCGCAACAGGUUGGAGGUUCCCCGGGCUGAGAAGCUUGUGCGGUGCCACUGGAACCUCAGGCUACUUGAUCGACCUUCGUUGUGCGACGAUGGUGUUGGAGAGAGGCCCGACGUCUUCGGGAAAUGGGUGCAUUAUUGGCAGGCCGUGGAGGACGAGGCAGCCGUGCACCAGCAGCUCGUCAGAGGCACCGGUGUUCUGGCGAAGGUGACCGAGGAGGAGUUGAGCCUCGCCAGAGAGAGGAUGCGCGCCAUUUCCCGCAUGGGAGCCGAGCGUCGGGUGGCGAAGUCGGACAGGAGGCGACGCAGGGCUGGUGGUCGGGGACGUGGCGGCCGUGGACGAGCAGGUGUCGGAAGACGUACACGUGGCGAUGCGGGUUCUGCUCUUCGGACUCGGCGACAGCGGACGGAUGGUGGCAUUCGCAGGGCCCACAUGCGUUGGGACGAGGGUGACUUCUUGUUCGACAGCACAUCCAACGACAACGACGAUUUCUUUGCGUCGGGAACACAUGCAUCCACGGGUGAUGAUAGAAGUGACGCUGACAACAGAGGCGAUGACAGAGGCAACGGAGCGGGUUUGGAGGACGGCGAGGCACGACGUGAGCCGCCUCCUCACACUAGUGACGGCGGUCUAGAGGAGGGAGAGGUUGCACCCACUCCCACUUGUGGAAAGGACGGGGAGGACGAACGUCCUCCGACGGACCACCACGUCGGCCUCGACUGCCCGCCCGACAGUCUUCCGCCCACCGACGAGCUAUUCACCAUGGAUUCCGCCUUGGCAUCUCUGCCCGAUAUAUCGCUAUUGAUAUCUCCCACUUUGCCGGUUGUGGCACCACCAGAGCCUGCUAGACGAGAUGACGCGCGUCGUGACAGAGGGUUCGACGAGUUCGGCGGCGACACUAUACUGCAUCCUCCAGAGUCCGGCACUUCCGCCAUUUUUCAUGUCGGUGCACCGUGGGCGGUGGAGCAGGGGUUGGCGGAGGAGGUAGCACGGAACCGUCGUGGUGGACCGCACGUCGCUCAACGUAGUCUGGAAGGUUCACUAGAGGCAGCGUCUGGAGAUUUUUUGGCGCAGGGGGGUCAUGGUUCGCAGCAGUUAUCGGACGGCGUGUCAUCAGUCCAUCCACCAGAGGAGGGCCCACAGCAAGAGCCACAUCGAGGGCCAGCGGAGACUUUAGAGGCGAGGCCUCCCGGAGUUAUCCGCUCGGACGGAGGCGAGGGCGUGAGCGAGGAUACAGCGCAGCCAGGGAGCGCAGAUGGUGGACGGUCCUUCAGGGGGGGCAUCGAGCGCAGAGGGUCAUCGACCGCACACCCCAGCAUUGUCAGGCCCAGCACACAUGACGUUGGAGACGGGCACACAGAUGAGCCUCGACCGCAUUUGACGGGGAUGAGUGACAUUAUGUGUCCACCACCCUCACGCCCCUCUGCCGCUGAUCUUGCCGCCCACGGGCAGGCCGCGCCGAGCACAUUGCCUACGAGGUCUUUCUACGACGGUGCGGGCAUGGACCGGAGGGCGGGCGAUAUCGGACAGACAUCAGCAUAUGGACCGGCAAAUGUGCCCGCGGGGGCGCGAUCGAUCGGCAACGUCGAUGGCACUUGUCAUGAUUCCAUGAGAGCUUACGAGGAGCAGCAUGGGAGGCCUAUACGGGCCAAGACGAGCGAUGUCAACGACACCAGGAUGGCAACUGCGAGGCUGUCACGGGCGAGGAAGAAGGGAACAGGUGUGUCGAUUCCGUAUCACCGGCGCCGCCUGCAUCCUUUUUUCCGCAACAGGGACGAGACCAGACAGAUGCCAACUGCCGCAGAUGGACAGGGGGGGGCGGAGGGAGGUGACAGAGUGGACGAAGCAGGUCGAGGUGAGAAAAGACGAGGCGGCACGAUCAUCCUCCACGACGACAGCUCCACAGCUGCUGAGGGCGGUGAGACCACAGGCGCCGACGAUCCUGAUGACUCCGAUUACGUCCCGAGGAUCCGUAUGGCGGACGAAGAUGACGGCGGAGGUCGUCGCGACGUACCAGAACAGCUUCAUGGUAAACUGGGUCCACGCUCUAUGCUUUGAAGAUAGAUUCAGAGGAGUGGAUAACCUUGAACACCAAGUAAACUCUUAUGGUUGCC